CCAGUGGCAGGGGGAGUACCAGAAUGGAGGGCACCUGCUGGUACUGCAAGAAGGUCGGGCAUCCUUGGUUCAAGUGCUUCAGCAGGCCGGAGGGAUGGGCACCUCCAGGCAUGAAGCCGCCAAGUGGUGAACGCGCACAAGGUGGCGCUGUGCAAGAUGAAGGUGCACAAGGUAACGCCUAUCCUGGGAUGUAUCUCAUGGUUGAGGAUGUGCAUGGGCAUGAGGGUGAUGUGGGAUCUGUCGGAAAGGUUGUGAUGCACCCUCUCACGCACUGGGUGAUUGAUUCGGGUUGCACCAGUCACAUGACCCCACGGGCAGAUUUGCUUGAUGAGGUAAAACCCCCUGGGAAGAUCAAGUAUGUGGCAGCAGCGUCAGGUGCUUUGCUCCCCGUUAUUGGUGUUGGGAAUGCCAAGGUUAAGGGAGCUAAUGGGGAGCUUGUGGGGCUUGGGAAUGUUCUGCUGGUUAAAGGCUUGUCUGCUAACCUUCUCUCUGUGCGGCGACUGCAGAAGAGCACAAGUAUGGACCUGAAGGGGAGCUGACCCGCUACAAGUCUAGGCUUGUGGCACGGGGGUUUCAGCAGACAAAGGGGAAGGACUAUGAUGAGGUAUUUGCUCCUGUGGGGAAAGGAACAACACUGAGGGUGCUGUUGGCGAUAGCUGCACUCCUGGGAUGGAAGAUACGGCAGAUGGACAUUGU